AUGGUCUUCACGCAGAACUACUACACCGUUCUAGGCAUCUCUGCACCGGCAGCGCUCAAGCAGGAUGCCCUGAGGAAAGCGUACAAGGCGGCGCUGCUGAGCGCGCAUCCGGAUAAAGCGUCUGCGUCGAAGACGCCGAACGCGUAUACCGUCGACGACGUUAGGGAGGCGCUUGCCGUGCUGUCUGAUGCUACUACGCGUGGGGAAUUCGACCGCUGGCUUGCUUCUCAGCGGCAGGGUGGGAAUAGUGGUGGGAGAGACGGGGAGGAGGAGGAGGACUUUGUGCUAGGGCUGGAGUUGUUAGAUCUGAGCGACUUCGAGGCGGGCAUGCCGCCGUUUGUGCGUAUGGAUACGCCGUCGCUGGAAGGAUCGGGAGCGGCGACGCCGGAUAUCGACUUUGAUGAUUUGAAAUCUCCUGGGCCUGAGGAUUUGGCUGCUGCGGUUGAGGGGGUUAAGCUUGAUGCUGCUUCUACACCGGUUACAGAGGAGGAUCCACAAAAUGGCGUUAGUGUCGAUGGGCUAGAAGAGGAGGAGGAGGAGGAGGAGGAGGAGGAAAGAGAUAGUAGGGGGGGAGGGUGA